AUGGGGCAGCGGCGGGGCACGGCCGUGCUGCUGCUCGCCCUGGGGCACCUUGCCGGGCUGCUGGCAUCGGGCACCGCCUGCGCCAACAUUUACCAAGGCUUCUCGGACUGCAUCCUCAAGCUGGGGGAAAACAUGGCCACGUACGAGGAGACAGACAGCAUCGAGCUGCAGGGGUUGCACCGAGUCUGUGGGUACUGGGAUGAAUUUCACACGUGUGCCCUGACAGCGCUCUGGGAGUGCCCGAAGGAAGCAGCAGCCGCCUGGGAGAUGCUGAGAAGGGAGUCUCGGAAAAUCAAAUUUCAAGGCAGCUUGUUUGACCUCUGCAGCCCCAGCAUGGCCCAAAGCUUUGCCUGGACCCACGUUCCCAACGUUUCCAUCCUCGGCAUCCCCCUCAUCGUCACCUGGCUGAACUUAUAAACUGCAGCUCUGAAUACACUGUGCAGCGCUCAGCAAACACUUGGCUCCAUCCUGCACCUACGAGACAUGGAAGAGCUUGUCAGCAUCUCCUGGGCUUUGCUAUUUCUCUGCAAUUUGGAAUAACGCCUGUCCCCUUCUGCCUCAAGGCACAGGCGCGGAUCUGACUGCGGAAUUUGGGAACUUGUAGGUAUGGGGCAGAGGAUUUGGGGAAAAAUGAUAAAUUGGUCAUGAACGCUGGAUUCUUUUGCACUCUUCUAUGGCUACUGGAAGGAAACCUGUUUACUUCACUGACUCUUUCCACCAGAUCAACUCUCCAGAUUUUUGGUGUGGGCACUGAAAACAAGAUUGGCAUUUUUACCACCGAUUUGUGAGGUGGAGGGGACGGUGUAUGUCCUGUCAAAUGCAGAAAGCAGACCUUACUGCCCUGUACUGGCUUUUUUUUCUUUGAGGACGUGGUGAAACCCCUGCUGAAGAAUAAUCACAGGUACAUUACCUCUUGCACACAUCUGGAUUCCUAACUCCUGUGUUAUGUGUAAAUCCCUUUUCUAAGGAAAUAGAGGGCAAAUAUAUUUGGGGGAAGAGGGAUUGUCAAGCUAGCACAACAAAAAGGAUUUAUAGCAACUCUCUUGCUUUAAACCUCUCUCCAAAGGUACCUGUAAGCAGCUCUGUGGGUGGCAGUGUGUAAUUCCAGAGUAUUAAAGUUUGUUGUAGAGCCUA